AUGGCUGGCAGUGCUUCCGAGGAGGAGGCAAAGUAUACCUUGGAAGGCGCCAAUGAUAUCGAGCCGCUCCCCGACGGAACGGGCAGCUGGCUGGCCCACAGAGCCUCGAAGGACGUCGCAGGCAGUGGCCCAGGACAGGACUGGAUUGCAGAGGCAGAACGGGAACUUCGAUUUUUGAUCAAGAGCCCCGUGACUGCGUACCAGGUCUUCUCGGACCCUGAUGGCCAAGUGCUGGCCAACAUCGCUUCGUCUGCUGCGUUCCAGGCCGAAUUUCGGGCCUUCUGA